CUUUCCCUGCUUGUUCCUCGUUUCUCGGAGUUGAUCUUUUAGCUCCUGCUCCCCGGGUGGAAGCACCAGUCUGAGCUUCUCGGAAGGCGUGAAGCGAGAGCCGAGAUCUAGAUAUCUAGCUAAGGUUUCCGGUCCUCUUUUGAGCGAAGAUGAAUGUUUCUGCUGGGAUAAUGUAACUGGAGGAUCCGGGUCUGGGCAGACUUGACAAUGGGAGCCAACACUUCAAGCAAACCACCGGUGUUUGAUGAAAAUGACGAUGUCAACUUUGACCACUUUGAAAUUUUAAGAGCCAUUGGAAAAGGCAGUUUUGGGAAGGUCUGCAUCGUACAGAAGAAUGAUACCAAGAAGAUGUACGCGAUGAAGUACAUGAACAAACAAAAGUGUGUGGAGCGCAACGAGGUGAGGAAUGUCUUCAAGGAGCUCCAGAUCAUGCAGGGGCUGGAGCAUCCUUUCCUGGUUAAUUUGUGGUACUCCUUCCAAGAUGAGGAAGACAUGUUCAUGGUGGUGGACCUCCUGCUGGGCGGGGACCUGCGUUAUCACCUGCAGCAGAAUGUCCGCUUCCAGGAAGACACUGUGAAGCUCUUCAUCUGUGAGCUGGCCAUGGCCCUGGACUACCUGCGGAGCCAGCGCAUCAUUCACAGGGAUAUGAAGCCUGACAAUAUUUUGCUUGAUGAACAUGGGCACGUGCACAUCACAGACUUCAACAUUGCUACGAUGCUACCUGUGGACAUGUGCCUCACCACCGUGGCCGGCACCAAGCCUUACAUGGCACCUGAGAUGUUCAACUCCAGAAGAGAAGCAGGUUAUUCGUUUGCUGUUGACUGGUGGUCACUGGGAGUGACAGCAUAUGAGCUGCUGAGAGGCCGGAGACCGUAUCAUAUUCGCUCCAGUACUUCCAGCAAGGAAAUUGCACACAUGUUUGAGACGGCGCUUGUGACUUACCCUUCUGCCUGGUCACAGGAAAUGGUGUCACUUCUUAAAAAGCUACUGGAACCGAAUCCAGACCAACGGUUUUCCCAUUUGUCCGAUAUUCAAAACUUCCCAUAUAUGAAUGAUAUGAACUGGGACGCAGUUUUGCAGAAGAGGCUCGUUCCAGGAUUUAUUCCUAACAAAGGCAGGCUGAAUUGCGACCCCACCUUUGAGCUCGAGGAAAUGAUUUUGGAGUCCAAGCCUCUUCACAAGAAAAAGAAGCGCCUGGCCAAGAAGGAGAAGAUGAGGAAAUGUGAUUCCUCUCAGAUGUGCCUUCUUCAAGAGCACCUUGAAUCUGUCCAAAAGGAGUUCAUAAUUUUCAACAGAGAGAAAGUCAAAAAGGACUUUAAUAAAAGACAAGCCAAUCAAGCCUUGGAACAAACCAAAGACCCACAAGAAGAGGAUGGCCAGAAUAACAACCUCUGAAGUUCUCAACAUCUUCUUCUUGGGACAUUUCCACGUCAGGAAGAGCUGACAGAAAUUCUCACCUCUCCACACCUCACACACCUUAGAAAAUGUGACUGAAUACCUUUGGAGGGAGGCAGCAUGACCCAGGGAAGAGUCCCCAGGCUCCUGGGAACUAGAUUCACCACCUUGUGACCUUGAGCAAGUUACUUACCCCCUUUCUCUGCUUCAGUUUUUUCAUCUAAAACGAGAACGUAAUACCAGAUGAGCCUUAUGCUGCCUUUUUACUGCCACCAUUCUCCAUUCUGUUAUUCUAAACAGCCUCUAUUUUUAUUUUAAAAGGAAUAUUUGGACGCAGAUUUAUCUUUCCACUCCUAAUUACACUGUGACAAAUGGACAUAGGUGGGUGAUGGAGUGAAUCUCUUCAGAGUUAGAAAACUUCAUGAAUUGGUCAGAAUCCCCAAAUCCGACUGAAUAGGAGUAAGGAAUUCAUUCAGGAAGAAAUGAGUGGGACCAGAUUAUAAGUAACACAGAUUGAUGAGGGCCUUCCAGUGGUGUGCUGAAGUCAGAACACCGUACCAGCUUGUAUCAAUUGUAAGAGCCACUAUGCGCAUCUGUCCCAGCACCCCGUACAGUGAUGUCAAGUUAAGAGUUGAAACUGGUGAUGGUGGAAGUAUUUACAUCAUGGAAAUUGGCAGGUGCUACAAAUCAGAGCUUUCCACCCUUUCCGGCCCCCACCGCCCACCCGGCCCUGGGAAGCCAGUUGUGAAAUAUUAGCACACCACUGGCCUUCUUCUAGAAACAUGUUCCUUGAGAGCUAAUUGUCCUCUUAAGACUAUCAGAGACCUGUGUCCGGAAAGCAUCAGAAAAGAACAUUGUCACAUUGAAAGCACCUCCACCUUGUAGUACACUGAAGUUGUAUCUUAUAUGGGAGUUAUAGUCUGUUAGAAUGUGAGGUGAAUUUGGAAGAGAGUAAAAUUUACCCUUGAAAAAUUCCUUUAAUAUACACGACAUAUGAUGAGUAUCUUUUCUUAGAGAAGCCCAAUAUCAUGAGACCCUUCACUAAU